ACACUACACAGAAAUCUCCAUUUAACAUUCAAGAAUUCAUUUUUAUUCACACUCAACACACACAUAGUGGAAGAGAGUUGAUUAGAGAAAAAGGGGUUGGUGAUUUUGCAACUUUAAUGCUGUCAUGUUUGUAAGAUUUGAAUAUGAGUGGAUUAUGGGAAUUUAGGGAGGUCAUUUGCCUCUCUGAAUUCCCUUAAUCCUUCUUUUUCUUGGAUUUUUUUGGUUGAGGGUCAUCACUGUUUUUGUUUGGAAGGAAAAAGAAAGGAUUUUUCUCUGGAAAGUAAAGAAGUUUGCAAGAGAAAAAGAUUGGUUGGAGUGGGCUUAGUGUGGUUUGUCAAAGGCUCUCUUCUGGGGUUGCUUCAAUUUACUCAUUUAGAGGUGUAUUUGGUUGAUAUGAGCAUAAGAGGGAAAAAAGAUGGUUUCAUGAAUAUUUUGAAACAGCUCAGUUUGAUUUGACUCGGAAGAAAGUUGGGUUUCACGGUCAAGCUACAACAUUUCUUGCAAGGAUUUCCUGAUAGUUCUGUCCGUCAGAUCAACCAACACUUUCUAAGAAGCUUCCUUUGCUGAACAUUACUCAAGAAAGGAUAUAUCUUUCGCAUUUUAAGCACUUUAGCCAACACAUCUGUCUAUUUCUUGUUGAUUCAACUGUCCAAGACAUCUCUUUUGGGGCAAAUCUUUUUUUUGGCAAAAUUCCCCUGGCCUUUGAGAGGAGCAAAUUCUUUUAAGCAAAGCGUAUAUUUACAUAUGCGUCUCUCUAUUGGCUCUGCUGGGCAAAUCUCCUUUGGCAAAUUGUAAGUUCCGUGGUUUGGUGGUUCUUUGCCGUGUUUAUAUUCUAGGUGUCAUCUUCCUUCGUUGGUAAAAAAUUGAUCCAUAUUUCUGGCAAGUUGGACUUCCUCUUCAACCUGUUAGGAAGAGCUGAAGUGGCACUUCUACUAGGACCACAAUUAAUUGGAACUUUCUUCUCCACACAACCCUUCUAGUGGAUUUCAUUUCUCUGGGCAAAUCUCCUUUGGCAUUUCGGAGUUGUUAGACUCCACCACCGUUUGUCUUUAGGGCAAAUCUCCUUUGGCAUUAUCUCCUUUUGGAGAUACUAUCUUGGUCUCUGUUUAAAAAACAGAUUGACCUAAAGAUCUUAUUAUCUUUGGAAAUAUACAUCAGUCAUCGUUGGCAGUAUUGGUAUUCGUCAUCAGCAGGUGAUCCAUAUCAAUUUGUAAGCUUGUAUCACGCAGCAGGGAUUUGGAAGUGACUUUCGUGAAUAUAUUUCUCUAGAUUCCACAUUAUGGAUACAUCUCUAAGUGACUUCGACAGUUUCAGUGAGAGCAGCAGUUAUGAUGAUCAGGAUUAUGUUGAAUAUCUGUAUGGUGGGCAUGCAUGUUCUAUUCUUUCAAGUCUUGAGGAAAGCAUCGGUAAGAUCGAUGAUUUCCUCUCUUUUGAGAGGGUGUUCAUGUAUGGGGACAUAGUAUGUUCCGAAAAAGAACCAUCUGGACAGAUGGGAAAAGUGGUCAACGUCGAGAUGAUUGUUGACCUGGAAAGUAUUUAUGGGAGCAAAAUACAAGAUGUUAACUCAAAAGAUCUUGUGAAAAUACGUCCAAUUUCAGUUGGGGAUUAUGUAGUGAUGGGCCCAUGGCUAGGGAAAGUUGAAAAGAUUGUCGAUAAAAUUAAAGUUCUCUUUGAUGAUGGUGCAAAGUCUGAAUUUUCAGCAGAAGGUUCAGAAAUACUCACACCCAUUUCCCCUGAUUUAGUUGAAGACCCCCAAUAUCCUUUCUAUCCGGGUCAAAGGGUGCAAGUUCAGUCUGUAUCUGCCUCCGGGUCAACCAAUUGGUUAUGUGGUGUAAGAAGUGGCAAAAGAGAGCAAGGUACCAUUUAUGCUGUGGAGGCUGGAGUGGUGCAUGUAGAUUGGAUUGGCUGUGGCAGUCUUGGUUGUGAAAAGAUGCCUAGUCCUCCAACUUUGCAGGACUCAGAAAAAUUGACCUUGUUGUCUUGCUACUCCCAUGCAAAGUGGCAACUUGGAGAUUGCUGUGUACUUCCAGUUGCUGACUCUAAGAACAUUGUGCGAAAGAGUAUUCAAAGCUCACCUCCCUGUGGACCAAUGGAACAGGAUAGGCAACUAAACAAGGCAUCUCAGAAAAGAAAUAGGAGCUCAACUUUUUUGCAAGUUGCUGUAAUUUCAAAAACAAGGACAAAAGUUGAUGUUUUAUGGCAGGAUGGAAGUGUGACUACUGGAUUGGACUCGGAUUCUGUUUUCCCUGUCAAUAUUGUGGACGCUCAUGAGUUUUGGCCUGAGCAGUUCGUGCUUGAGAAGGGAAUGGGUGACAACUCAUCUGUUCCCAGUCCAAAACGCUGGGGUGUGGUGAGAUGCGUUGACGCAAAGGAGCGAACUGUGAAGGUAAAAUGGACAACUUAUUCCUUGAAUGAACCAAAUAACUUUAGGGUUGAGCAAAGUGAAGAAAUUGUGAGUGCAUAUGAACUGAUGGAUCAUCCAGACUACUCAUACUGUUUGGGUGAUGCGGUUUGCAAGUUUUGUGAGGAUCAGGUUUUCAGUCUUGAGGGAAAGAGUUUAAGUGCGCACAUGUUCUCUGAGACUGGCAUGGACAGCAACACUGAUCUUAAGAAUGUUGAUACUGGAAAGGAUAAUUUGGAUUUCCCCAAAUAUGAUCAUUUAUCUUGCAUUGGUAUUAUUGUUGGCUUCAAAGAUGGCGAUAUUGAAGUAAAAUGGGCUACUGGUUUUACAAGCAUGGUUGCACCCUUUGAGAUCUACCGGAUAGAUAAAUGUGAAGCUGCUGUUUCCAUUACUGCAUCCAAUGCUGAAAAUGCUGAGCCAUCAGGUGUGGAGAUCUGUUCAAAUGAAAGUCAACUCUCAAAGCAUGAGGAGGAAAAGGGCAUGCUGAAGUUUGGUGGCAAUAGUGAAAGUUGCAAUGAGAGCUUGUGGGAUUCUGGUUCCUGUUUGGUUUCUCGAACUGCUAUUGGCUUUUUCUCUAGUAUCACCUCAAGUCUUUUUGGCUCCUUGAGCACUUCACUGUUUGGUGCAUACCAAACUAUAUCAGAAGAAGGCCAGAAAUCAAGGAUUGUCGAUGAGGAGGAAGUCAUAGAACUUAGCCAUCUGAAUGCAGGAAUUCCCACAUUUGAGGACUUGAAGGCUUCACCUGAAAUGGAACUAGAGCAAGGACAGGAAACAACUGAGGGCCAAAAAGAUGAUGCUUUGCCAUCUUCCAGCAAGCUGCCUGAACAUUUUAGACAGUUUGAUGUGGUCACCGAUUUCUCAGACCACCAUUUUGCAGAUGGUGCUGGAAAGGCCCAGUUGUCCCAGGUGAGAAGAGGUUGGCUGAAGAAGCUCCAGCAAGAGUGGAGCAUUUUGGAACGUGAUCUUCCUGAGACUAUCUAUGUACGCAUCUAUGAGGAAAGAACCGAUUUGAUUCGAGCUGCCAUUAUUGGUGCACCUGCGACUCCGUAUCAUGAUGGAGUCUUCUUCUUUGAUAUUUACCUACCUCCGGACUAUCCGCAUGAGCCACCUAUGGUCUACUAUCACUCUGGCGGGCUUCGUGUCAAUCCAAACCUGUAUGAGUCAGGUAAGGUUUGCCUUAGCCUCUUAAACACAUGGACAGGCUCUGGAAAUGAAGUGUGGAACCCCAAAAGUUCCACGAUUCUACAAGUUCUCCUCUCUCUUCAAGCUCUUGUGCUCAACGAAAAGCCUUAUUUCAAUGAGGCUGGAUAUGAUGCACAGAUUGGAAAAGCUGACGGUGAAAAGAAUUCAGUCAGCUAUAAUGAGAAUGCUUUCCUCGUUACCUGGAAGUCCAUGUUAUACCUGCUCCACAAGCCACCCAAGCAUUUUGAGGCACUUGUGCAAGAGCACUUUGGUAACCGGUGGAAAAACAUUUUGUUGGCUUGUAAGGCGUACAUGGAUGGUGCCCCAGUUGGUUCAGCAUUCCAACCCAAGAACCAGGACCAAGAACCGAUAAAAGGAAGCUCUACUGGAUUCAAGAUUAUGCUUGGCAAGCUUUACCCUAAACUCGUGGAGGCAUUUUCCGACAAAGGUAUUGAUUGCAGUCAGUUGUCCGAUUAAGAGUAAGCUAUGCACCUCUGUAAUAAAAACUUUAUCAAUGUCUACAAUUUCAGUAUUUGAACUGGCCUUGAUGGGGCUGUUGCUAUGUUAAUUUUGAAGUGUGCAGAUGUGUGUUGUGUGUGUGAGAGAGUGAGGGGGGUGGGGGUGACUAUUUGAACCAUAAUUGUGUACAUAUGCAUUGCAAUUGUAACAUAUUAUUUAGCUUGAAUAAAUGGUUGAACCUUGUGAGUGAUGUUUACUAUGUUCUCCAGUUGUUUUGAA